AUGAUUACUGCAUCAGAGGUGCAGGCACACCGAGUCAAAGAGUCUUGGGAGGGAGGCCAAACGCAAUUUGAAAACUCCUCCUCUCUACCUCGGCUGCAGAGGACAGGACGUACAGACCUUGACCACACUCAAUCUGUCCUCCAGGCUAGGUCGCAGGCCGGCCCAGUGUGGGUUCCCCAUGACUUCAACGUGGGGAUCAACCCUCUAACCCACCUAACGGCA